UCUUUCCUUAGGAAUCGGACGCGAAGUACUACUUCUCGGGGCCCCAACUCUCUCCCGCAAACUUCCUCAGCUUCCUCUCUUUCCCUCUACCCCGCCGAAUCUCCCACUUCCAGCGGAGAGGAGAGGUCGCACCUUCCGACCCCUAAACCCUCCCAAUCCCUCCUCUCUUUAUCUCCUUCGAUCUUGAAACUCAUCCUUAAUCCCAAGAAAUGGUCUCUCUUCCCCUUCUCUAAACCCCAUCUAAAACCCAACUAGAAAUUCCUUGCCCCCUGUCCCUGAAACCCAAAUUUUCCUUUCGCCUUGAUCUCUUUUUCUUCUUUUUUACGAAGAUUCUGUCGAUUUCUACUGGUCCUUGUUCUGGAGUGAUCCGAGAAAUGGGUUUUGCUCCUCUGGAAGUCCAAUUUGAUACCAAUUUUCCCGUCUUCCUCCGAUGUCUCUCCUCACUCUAGACCAAUACCUUUCCCAGUCCGUCCUCCCUUGCUUCCGGAGUCGCGAGGACGACGGCGACGAGGAGGAGCAGGGGAGAAGGAAGAGCAUGUACUUGUCUGACAAGCCUCGAUCGGGUGAUUACUACAAAGAAGACGGCCGCGGAAUGAUGAUCCAGGUCGCCGGCAAUGGCGGCCUGCCGCCACCCCAGCAGCAGCCGAUGAUUCUGGCGGACAGCAGCGGGGAGGACCACGAGGUGAAGGCGCCCAAGAAGCGGGCUGAGACCUGGGUCCAGGAGGAGACGCGGAGCCUCAUAAGCCUCCGGCGGGAGAUGGAUGCGCUGUUCAAUACCUCCAAGUCGAACAAGCACUUGUGGGAGCAGAUCUCGGCGAAGAUGAGGGACAAGGGGUUCGACCGGUCGCCGACCAUGUGCACGGACAAGUGGCGAAACCUGCUGAAGGAGUUCAAGAAGGCGAAGCACCAAGCGAAGGGGAGCGGGGCCGCGAAGAUCUCGUACUAUAAGGAGCUUGAUGAGAUGCUCAAGGAGAGGAGCAAGAACGCAGCUUAUAAGAGUCCCCCAGCCUCCAAGGUUGACCCUUACCUGCAGUUUUCUGAUAAAGGUCCUGAAGAUGCUAGUAUUUCAUAUGGGUCUGUGGAAGGGAAUGGUAGGUCCACACUCAAUGUGGAUAGGCAUUUGGAUCACGAGAGAAAUCCUCUUGCCAUAACCGCAGCUGAUGAAGUGGCAACUAAUGGUGUUCCCCCUUGGAGUUGGAGAGACACCCCUACGAAUGGUGGUGAUAAUCAUGCCUCAUAUGGUGGAAGGGUUAUUUCAAUCAAGUGGGGAGACUACACUAGAAAAAUUGGUAUUGAUGGCAGCACAGAGGCAAUAAAGGAUGCAAUCAAAUCAGCGUUUGGAUUAAGGACUAGAAGGGCAUUUUGGCUGGAGGAUGAAGAUGAGGUGGUUCGCAGCCUUGACAGGGACAUGCCACUGGGAACCUAUACUCUUCAUCUUGAUGAUGGGAUAACAAUAAAAAUUUGCAUAUAUGAUGAGACUGACCGCAUACCAGUUCGAACUGAGGAAAAGACGAUCUACACUCAAGAGGAUUUCCGUGAUUUCCUUAAUCGCAAUGGCUGGAAGGGCCUAAGAGAGUUAAGUGGCUUUAGAAGCGUUGAUACCAUGGAUGACCUUCAUCCUGGAGCUGCAUAUCAGGGUAUCAGACUGUUGGGCGAUUAAGGAGCACCAAAAAUAUAUUAUGACUGGAAUCAGUAAACCAUAUACUUCAGGUAUUCGCAAAAUGUUCAUGCUGUUUGACCAAUAUGGGGUUGUGCACUUGAUUAUGGAGAAUAGCUCUGGAGCUUUGUAUCUGGGAAUCAGACUACUUGGUAUAUUAGGGAACACUCAAAAUAUGAUGACUCAAAAGCACUAGACAACUAUAUACUUCAGGGAUGAACAAAAUGUUCAUGCUGUUUGACCAUUAUGGGAUUGCACUAAAUUAUCAAGAAUAUCUUAGUAGUUUUAAAUCAAACAUCCUUCAAGUUCCUGGUGAAGUGACACCAACAUUAUCCAUUCUUGUACAUCAUCAGAUUAAAAAUGCAAACAUGAAAAUUUCUGUUUCA